UAGGGUGCUUUUAAAUGACAUUUAAGCGUGUUAAACUGUCACUAAUCGGACUAAACCGAACGCUAAAAGAGUCGUUAGGAGUUAAAAGUGUUAAAGGAGUUAAAGGAACGUGGCAAACCGAACGCAAUGUCUGUGUCUGUGAUGUGAACUUCACCAACUUUGCAUCCAUCAGAGACCAUAAAAUUUUUGUUAAUAGUGAUGGACAUUUUUAGAAAAAUAUUUGGCUUAAAUGAAGAGAAUGAACAUACUCACAAUCAGCACCCUCAUAAUCCUGAAAUAAACGAAUUUUUAAACAACUCCGAUGAGUCUGAUGAUCCCGUUUUUAGAAGAAGUUUUGACGUUUUUACAGAUACAUUACAAAUGCAACAAUAUUUUGAGCAGGAAAUAAAUGAUAUUCUUAAAAGAUUUGGUUUUCAGGGAUUUAGAGAAUUUUCAACCUCCGAUACUCCAAAUAUAUCUUCUUUUGGAAGCAAUCCAUUUGAAAGAGAAGGAACAUCCCAAAAUUUGCGAGACCAGUUUUUGAAACCUGGUUACAUAAAACCCAAGACUUCUUCAGAUUUGAUUGAUAAAGAUUUAGAUGAGAAAGUAAAAACUGGCAAUUUUGACUCUCUGGUAGAUGAAAAGUCGGAAAACACAGUUAUUCCUUAUAAACCUUCCUUACCUAGAAUGGAGUUUAGUUCUCUUGGAUUUUCAGAAAGUUUUAAAUCUGUGUCAAAGCCAGAUGGGAGGCAAAAUUGAAAACAAAGCUGUAUUUCCUUCUAAGGUGCCAUCCAAGAAGAUAUCUUCUAUUGAGAGCAGCACACAUCCUUUCAACAAAGUGACGGGUGUGUGAAAAUCGUUAUUGUCGACCGCCUGCAAUGGCAUCAGCUUCGGUUUUGCCUCUGUGGAUCUCUACAAAACAGCAAGGAUGUAUGAAUCCAUUCCAAAAAAAAUUUAAUGAACCAGUAACCAUACCAGUAAAAACUCUGGUAUGGUACAAAAGCACACACAUUUUCUACAACAUACUGUAGAAGAAAAAUAUUAAAUUUUCUUAAAUUGAAACAAACGAGAUAAAUUGCAAAAUAUAGAAAUUGAAUAACCUAAGCUUACCCAAGACCUACAAAGUAUAGUCACAGCAGCA